UGGUGGAGCAUAUUAAUCGUUUUCCCAUUGUAAGAAACAGCGAAAGAAAAAAAACAGUCCGAUCGAAAUCGAAAAUGGCUUCCCAACAGGAGAGGAAAGAGCUCGACGCCAGGGCGAAACAGGGGGAGACGGUGGUUCCCGGCGGCACCGGGGGGAAAAGCCUCGAGGCUCAAGAACACCUUGCUGAAGGGAGGAGCCGAGGAGGGCAGACGAGGAGGGAGCAGCUGGGGACAGAGGGAUACCAGGAGAUGGGGCGCAAGGGCGGGCUGAGCACAGGCGACAAGGCAGGAGGGGAGCGGGCGGAGGAGGAAGGAAUCGAGAUUGAUGAGUCGAAGUUCAGGACUAGUUGAAUGGGAGAGUUGAGAGUUGUGGGUCUCUGAAUACACUAGGUAGGUAGCUUUGUGAAUAAAGGAGUGGAGUGGACUGGCCUGAUGAUGAUGUUGAUGGAAAAAGCACUGUAGUUUAACGUUUCUGUAUGUUGUGGUUGUUGACUUCACUAGUGUUAUUUCUGGGUUCCUAUGUUGUUAAGGGUCUGUUCGGAGAUCCGGAGAGGUGUUGUGUCUCUUCUUCUCUGUAGUGUAACUGUCGUACUGUUCUGGUGUAUCAGAGAUGUUAAUUAGCAAAAAUCUUCGGCUGGAACUUUGGUUUACUACUU